AUGAGUGGGUAUUCUCUUCGAUCUAAGAGACUAAAAAACGUCAAGACUGUCGCCAGAGAUAAUCUCGCAAACGAAAGAACGUUUUUGGCGUGGCUACGCACAUCCAUUGUAUGUGUAUCUAUAGGCAUUGCAUUGGCACAACUUCUACGAUUCACUGAACAGGAGUGUCAGGUGGACAUUGGCUCAUACACUGUGAUUAUAGAAUAUGGAAACAGCAGUACCUUGAGCUUAGGUAAGCCGUUUGCUGUGGUUUGCAUUGUACUUGGAAUCAUCACCCUCAUCACAGGCUUUGUUCGGUUCUACUACGCUGAAAAUAUGCUAACUGAGGGCUACUAUCCAAUGUCGAGCGUCUCGGCGCUUAUUGCCGUGGCUAUGGUAUCUAUUGUAACGAUUCUAUAUGUGAUACUGACGGCGAAAGUCAUAUUCUAG